UAGGCCUGGGAAGGCAGUAUAGUUCUUACUAAAUCUAUUGGGCAAAGGAAGAAACUGAUACACAACUGGGCUCCAAGACUCCCCAAGGUCACACUGAUGGUCAAGGCCUGAGCUCCUGUGUUUUAGAGCAAGACUGAAGAGCGUUCGACAGCUGAAUUAAAAACCGUGGGUCCCUGUCCCUGGUGCAUCCCAGAGGCGGCAGGGGAUCGCACAGCUGCAUUGUCCUGCGUAGGAGCCGGGCCGGGACCUGGCAGGGCGUGGAGUCCUCUCAGCAGCCAGCUCUCCUGGGCUCAUGAGCACCCUGGAUCGGGCCAUGUCACUGUUGUCACAAGAAUGAACAGGAUGCUCAGAGGCGUGUCACGGCAGACAACCAACCAGCUUCACACUGGCGUCUAAGUCCGUCCUCACAGCAGGGCUGGGACACAGGUGUUACUAGCCUCCCUUUCUCGAAGCCGCCUGUCAAGGAUCAUACACUCAGUGCACUGCAAAGCAGGAGCUGAGUCUCGGCCCCUCCGCCCAAACCCAUCGGCCAGACUUUGGCCGGAAAGGAAUUUGGAGGACGCGUUUUCGGUCAGCCCGAGCCUCCCGGGUCACGAGUGAAGCAGCAUGGACGCCGUCAGCCAGGUCCCGGUGGAAGCCACGCUCCCCAAGCACAUCCUGGAUAUCUGGGUCAUUGUCCUCAUCAUCCUGGCCACCAUUGUCAUCAUGACCUCCCUGUUGCUGUGUCCGGCCACUGCGGUCAUUCUCUAUCGCAUGCGGACUCAUCCCGUCCUCAGUGGAGCCGUCUGAGAUCAGAUCUCCUAAGAGGGGCGAGGGAGUGAUGUGGACGGUGUCCCCUCCCCCCACCUCUUCCUUCUCGGAAAAGCAGCAGGAGGGGCUUUGGAGUGUGGCCUCGGGAGCCUGCCGCAUGAGAGGAGACUGGGGUUCUGUUUGGAUUUUGCCACCAGCCAGCUGUGUGAGUUCAGGCAAGGGAUCUAAUUCUGUGGGUUCCAGGUUCCUUCUCUUUUAAAUGGGGAUCAUGAUCCCUGCCCUUCCUACCUCAUAGGGUUGCAAGAACCAAUGACUUGGUGGGGGUUAAAGCUGUUGGUGAUUGUGAGCAGUAAAGCCCACCACAGAUACACAGGUGCUAUUGCUAAAUGCUGAGAAGCUUCGAAGAACCAAAGCACCUGAUCGCUGACGAUGGCCUUCAGGGGGGCGAGGAAGAUGCUGGGGGCAGAGCAGCCUUUGCCGGUGCCCCCCAGGUCAAACGAAGCAAAGGCACCCUGUCCUCAUUCCAAGGGGCCAGCAGCACUUUGGCUCAAAGACAUUUUCUUUGCGGUGCCACUCCCUCAAGUUAUGGAAUUUGGAGGGAAUUGAGCGUGGCAGGGGGAGGGAGAUGGGUGGGACUUCCCAGGACCUUCUCUGUGCCAGAACGUCUACCCCUAUAACAAUCUAGAGGAGGCUGUGCCAUUUCUUGGCAAUGCCAAGGGACCUGGGGUGAUGGGCUUCUUUCCACAUUGGAGUCUCCUCACUUUGACACUCAAGCAAUGUUGGAAAACACAGGGUGGCUGAGUGGCCUGGGCAGCUUUCAGGAUUUCCAACCCCCACCCACUUGUGUGCCCCACACUCGAGGAGCUCUGUCCCCGCCGCCCCAGCACCCGCUGUAACCAGCUCCAUGGUGUGAAGUGUAAACCCUUCAUUCCCUCCCACCAGCAAGCACUGCAGCCAGUCUAAGCUACAGAUUUUAAGAGAUGUUCCCGGACUUUUGGAACUAACUCAAAAACAAUGGUUAUUUUAGAUACUAUGAUCUAUAUUUAUAGAGAGAGAUUUCUGGACCACUCAAGCUCCUUGACCAAAAUCAGGAGUAUCUUGGGAUGUAUUAAGUUAUGUAAAAAGAUAGCACAGAUAUCAGAAUAUUGUGUGGAAGUGAUGCUUUGACUUUGGUCUGACUUCAUUGAUGUAUACAGCCAAUUUCCAAUAAAGUGCUAGAAUGAA